AUGGAAACCCCAAGCUCUCCAGCAAGCUUCAAUGAUACAUUGUCACAAGAUGAAACGGCGCCCUCACCUGCAAAUGACGAGAAGAAACCUGGAUUUGAAUCCGCGCUCGUAAACUCUCUGCAACGGCAAGUCGCAAAGUUGCGUAAUGAUCUCAAGACGUCGAAUACUCAGCUCUCUUUGGUGCGCCAGCAGAAGACGAAGGCCACUGAUCAGCUCAAAGCCAUCGACCAAAGAUACGAGAAGAAGAUCAAGAACCUCGAAAAAGAAGCGGCCGAGCAAAAGAGGAACGCCGAGCAGAACCUGCAACUCGCAAAGAAGAUUCAAGACUGGAACGAUGAACAAAGCAAACAAUGCUCAGCUCUAAUGCAAAAGAACGAGAAGUGCAUAAGCGACAAGUUUGAGUUGCAGCUGCAGAUCGAGGCGAUGGACUGCAUGCUGAACAAUAUUACUCCCGAUAUGGUUCGGAAGUCAACGUAUAAGACGCAUCCGCUGAGUUGGUAUACGGACUGUAUGGCGGUAUGGAGAGUCAACCUUGCCAAGGUCGAAGGAAAAUGCAAGGCACUUGAAGCCGCGUUGGAGAAUGAGAAGAAGACGCAUAACAAGGAGUUGAGUAGUUUGAUCCUCAAGGGCGAAAUAGAGCGCCAGAACGUGGUUGGGAAUGUUUUGAUUGGUCUCUUCAAGGUAUCCGGACUGAAUGAUGAAGAAACCGUAAAUCGGAUCGCUAAAGCCCAUGGACCUGGCACCGAAAGUACGGAGGUCCGGCAGAAGAUGAUCAAAUUGUUGGAAGACAUCUUGGCUGAAGCAUCAAGAGAUUCGAAGUCUGGCUCUGAUCCCAUGGCUAUGUACGCAGCUCUGAGCAAGGAGGUCAAGGGUUUACCGGUGGUAGAAAAGAUGGCCCCUUACGCAACUCCAACACAUCGACUUCUGGUGGGAGGGAAGACUGCGAGCCAGCCGAUGACAAGCCCUAACGUUAAUGACAAUGCACCAAGUACGACCAAGGAUAUUCCAAAGCCAGCUGAUAACACAGUCAAAACGAUAACAAUCAAGAAGACAGCAUUGGCUCCCAGGGAUACUUCCACGACACCAACACCCGAGGUUUCUAGACCUGCAACAAGACGUCCUCCAAUAGCUACAAAAAGUAGCCUUCGAGAAGAGCUACCAAGCGCAGAUUCUCAAAGAUCUCAUAACAUACCUCUCAAGGAUUCUAGUCGACCCAAGACAAUUGCAGGCAAGGCUAAGAGUGCUGUUUCGUGGGCAGUAAAGUCUACACUAAAUACUCUGCGGGAUGACAACAAAGAGGAAAUCAAGAAUGCUCUCACAGAUCCCCGAGAUGCCCAAAUCCAGAGACUCCUCGACCAGUACAAAAAGUGCGCCGCAGCACUAAAAGCUUCAAUUAGCGAUACUACAGAACUCGACAAACAGCUACGGCAGUUCCAAGAAGUCCACUGCACCAACUUCCCCAGCAAGUGUACCCACAUGCCCUGGGAUACCGUUGAUAUCAUCCAUACUCCCUGCCCCAGACGUGAUUGCAUCAAUCGCGUCACGGAGGCCACACAGCAGGAACAGAUAGUCGAACAGCUACAGGAGUACAUCAACGUCAUUGCACCAAUGGCAACCAUAGGCUCGGCAGUACGCAUUCAGUUCCUUGAGGAGGCACGCGCUGCGCUCGAGGGUGACGAGCCGAAUGAAUGUAUAAUCCUGGAAGGCAUCCUUGCUGCUCGUGGUGCGAAUGGGGAGGUUGAUAACAACUUAUUUGCUGGCUCGGAUACCCUUGAUGAGCAUCCAUUGUUUCAAAUCUUCGAGAAGAUCUAUGAGGCGCAGUCGAGAGAGGAUUGGGAAGAUCUGCCGGAGCUGCUGAAGAGGACUAUUGAUUGUCAGGCUACGAUUCGGUUUGCGAAGAAUCUUCCCGCUACAACUGAGAUGAUGGUUCUGCUUCAGGGACAUGAUGAAUUAUGUGAGCGAUUGGUAGGGAGGUUUAAGAAGUGGGUUGAUGGGAAGACGGAGAUGUUUGAGGCGAAUGUGAAUCAUUGGUUCUUGCUGGAUAGGCUGGAGUGGUUGACGGAUGAGAUUCUUAUGUUUGAGGAGGAGAAGAGCGUUGAUAGAUUCCUGGAGUAUAUCGACAAGGAUGGAAAUAACCCGAAAGUUCGAGUCAAGAGAUGGGCCGAAGCUGAAGAGGACUUUCAUUCUCCUGAUUUCGGGUUCAUCGCCACGGUCGAAGUAGGAACGUUACCUGCUGAUCGGAGCUCGUCGUAG